AUGCUUGCGAGUUCAAGUAACCUGCUCUUGGCUCUUAUGCCGUUUGCCAUGGCCGUCACACCUCCUGUCGUGGACGGCAUGGCCAUUAUCUGGUCAGAGACUUUCCAGGGAAACGCCGGUUCCCCACCCAGACGCGACACCUGGGGCAUAGCUUUGGCCAUCGACACCAACAAUGAAGUUCAAACUUACACCGACUCGUCAUGGAAUCUUCAGAUAUCGGGUGGGGAAACAAUUCAACUCAUCCCACGCAGAUCCUCCAACGGAGUGUGGACCUCUGCACGCAUCGAGACCAAGGCCGCCUGGACGCCUCAGCCAGGAAAGAAACUGAGAAUACAAGCCUCGUUCAGGAUGGGUGAAAACACGAACAAACAAGGAAUUUGGCCUGCCUUCUGGAUGAUGGGUGAUGCGGUCCGCAAUGGAGUUGAAUGGCCGCUAUGCGGCGAACUCGAUAUUUUUGAACAGGUCAAUGGACAACUGUCUGCCACCGGUACCGUCCACUGCCAGCAAGAGAUCGGUGGUAUUUGCAACGAACCCAGCGGACGUGGGUCUUCAACUUCGAUUCCGGAUAACGGUUGGCAUACAUGGAGCCUUCAAUGGGACCGCACUUCAGGCAAUUGGCUCACAGAAUCCAUCACAUGGAUGCGUGAUGGAACCCCCUUCAACCAGCUGACUGGAGCGGAUAUUGGGGAUGAGGGUAUCUGGGCUACGCUCGCACACAUGCCUUACUACGUACUCCUCAACGUAGCAGUUGGUGGCACAUUACCGGGUCCUCCCACGGAUGCCACACAAGAUGGCUACGGUAGCAUGAUGGAGGUUGCAUAUCUCGCUGUCUAUGAGACGGCGUAG